AAGAACGCGCAUGAAGGAGAAGGCUAACUUCAUCGAACCACAGUUUUGUAAAUUAUAUGUUAUUAUAAUAUAUAUUAUAAGGUUUUUAACCACCAACAUGUCUCUAAAUGUGUCUAAACUAAAUGUGUUUGGGAACUUUAUCAAUGAGCGAUUAACAACGUCAGCUUUAGAGAUAUUCGCGGCCGCUGAAAAAUUGUUUGCCGAGUUCGAAGAGGAGAUUUGUUGUUCAAAGGAGGAGAGCAAGCGACUGCAACGCUUGUUGGACAUUGUUACUCAACCUGAGAUCAAGCUUCACCGAACAGAUGUGCAGCAGCUCUCUCUCCCAGAACCCCAACAGAUUAAAGAGGAACAGGAGCUGUGGACCAGUCAGGAGGAAGAGCAGCUCCAAGGACUGCAGUCUGAAACUACAGACUCCAUGUUCACUUCUACCAGUCUGAAACACGACUGGGAUCAGGAAGGUUUUUCUGAAUGUUCACAUCUUGACCAAACUGUGAACGUAGAGAACAGAGAAGGAGACUCUUUACCCAGCAACACAACAGAGGAGCAAAUCAAAGCAGAGCCUGAUGGACAAGACGACAAGGCAGCACCAGAACCAGGCAGUGACUCUCAGCCCCUCUCUGUUGUAGCUCCAGACUGUCCUACAGCUCAGAGUUUGGAGGAGGAGGAACAUGGAGAUCUGUUUCUUCUGAACAGGACACAAGCCAGUGAGGCUCUGCCAAGGGAAGAUAUGCCACAGAGACAUCACACAAGGAAAACAAAACAUCAGUGUCAAGAAUGUAACAAAACUUUUAGUGGAAAAGGUGCUUUGGUUCAACAUAUGAAGACACACACAGGAGAGAGACCUUUUCAGUGUCAGGAAUGUAGCAAACUAUUUGUUCGAAGGGAUAUUCUACGUGAACACACGAGGACACAUACAAGCGAGAAACCAUAUAAGUGUCAACAAUGUAACAAAAUUUACAGUGAAAAAACUGCUUUGUUCUUUCACAUGCGGAUACACACAGGAGAAAAGCCUUAUCGGUGUCAACAAUGUAACAAACGUUUUUUUCGGAAGGGUAAUCUGACUUUUCAUAUGAGGACACACACAGGAGAGAAACUUAUCAAUGUCAACAAUGUAACAGUUUUCAAUGAAUAGUAGUUAAGUUGUGUCCAUGAAGACAUAUACAGGAGAGAAACCUUUUCAGUGUCAACACUGUAACAAACCUUUUUCUCGGAAGGGUUAUCUGGCUGUUCAAAUGAGGACACAUACGGGAGAGAAACCUUAUCAAUGUCAACAAUCACAGUUUUCAAUGAAUAGUGGUUUGGUUAUGCACAUGAGGACACUCACAGGAGAGAAACCUUAUCAGUGUCAACAAUGUAACAAAACUUGUAGUGAAAAAAGUGCUUUGUUUUUCACAUGCGGAUACACACAGGAGAAAAGCCUGAUCAGUGUCAACAAUGCAACAAACGGUUUUCUCGGAAGGGUAAUCUGGCCGUUCAUGUGAGGACACACACAGGAGAGAAAUGUAUCAAUGUCAACAAUGUAACAAACAGUUUUCAGUGAAGUUGAAUUUAAUAGGUUGAACAUCAACAUCUUACAUCAAGUAUAGCUUAGAAAUUCCAAACGAAUUAGCGUUAGCUUUCAAUUUUACGUAUGCUUAGGCUACUUGUACCGUGUCCUGGCAAUAAAUAAAGAACAUUAUACUAUCUCUCAAACAUUAUACAAUACUCUGAAAGCUGGGCCAAACCCCCAGUAGACACCCCAACGUCACUGCACUCUGGCACACUCUAACACGUACCUAUGCUAUGUCACACAUGUAUAGGGGAGCCCCAACUACACACUUUGGACGGUGCACUGCUCCUCGCACCCUGUUCUCUCCCACCGCUAGGUAAUUGAAUAAAGCUACUUAAAAGUGGACAAGACAACAGUCAAUAAUAAUAUACAUAGCCGCCGCUUGGUGAGGCCCUCCCCCGGGGUCUGAGCUUAGGACGUCGUCCACCUUCCGGUGAGAACGUUGUCUGGACACGUUGCCGGUUUUUCGGCUUAAGUAGUUGUAGUCAAGUCGUCAAUUAACAACGGAACACUUCUCCUACUUCCCCCGCCCUAAAACCACCCAGGCCCAGGAGCACAUGGUUCCCAUGGUUUUCCCCUGAGUCUUGCGAGAAGCACAAUCUACACGUUUCGCAACCCAUUGCUUCACAUCCCGAAACCACCCAGGCCAAUAGAAUCGGUCUUUCACCUUCCCCUGCAGUUCUUGUACUCACAGAUGUCCACCAGUAGAGACACUAUGCAGUUGUUCUAAAACAUUCGGCACCAUCGACUGGGGCAGUACCACCUGUACCUGGGCGGCCGCAUCGGUGUAAGCAGGGGGAAUUCUAACCAGUCUAGAGCCCUGCACCUGGAGCUGAUCCCACACAGGGGCAUAUGAUUGCAGGUCAGGAUCUUCCAGCGUCGGCCCAUCGACAACCUGGCGUUUAUAUUCAACUAUUCGCUGUAACCCCAUAUCAGCCAGGCGGCAGCUCCUGAACGGCAUUCACCUUGGUAGUAGGUCUGCCUAUCAUCUUCUGAGGGGGAUUUGGAUGAGACUGCUUCUCGUUUUCAAGAAACGCUGGAAGUCUGGAGAGGGCAUCUGCAUUACUAUGUAAUUUGCCUGGACGAUAAAGAAUCCUAUACUAAAAACUUGCCAGCUGUUCCACCCAGCGAACCAACUGUCCCUCCAAACCCUGAGAAUUGUGGAGCCACCACAGGGAAUUAUGGUCAGUUCGCAGCACAAACUCUUUGCCCAACAAGUAAUGUCGGAAGUAUUUUGUGAAGGUCACCAUACUCAAGAGCUAUUUUUUUGUAGUAGCAUAUUUGCGUUCCUGUUUUGUAAGGGCCCUGCUAAAGUAUAAGCGCAGCUAGUUCUGGCAGGGCAAUCGGGCAGCGCGCGUCAGUCAGUGAUCGGGACGUAAGGCGUCUUACUCC